CUAACACUGUGAUUUGAUUGGCUCAUCAAGUUUCAGUGACGGUUUAACAACUUUUUAUCCUAUCGUCUGUUUUUGACUUAUUAUCGUCUGCUCAGACUACAUCUGAAGAACUCAUUUUCGUCGUUUUAACUAUAGAUUUAUGACGAGAAAUUAGGAAUUGUCGUUUUCUUACCUACAUAAUGGAAGAAACAGAACGGGGAAUUAAUCCGAAUUCUUCCACAAAUUGCUCUGACAGUGGUUUGGGCUAUAGCACAAUGGGACGAUUCUUUCAACGAAAUAGUGCUUUUGACUGCAUGCACCCUCCAGCUGGUGGGGUUGGAUUAACCCCACCUUCAGGAUUUGGUUAUUCUUCAUACCCCAGUGAUUGGGGUUUCAUGUCUGGACCUUAUGCUACAGGAUUUAAUUUUAACAGGACGUUAAACACAACGCCGUCAAGUUUUUUCCCGGUUUCACGUGAAUAUGGCACAUCUAUUCAUCAUAAUAAUACAGGACCGCAACGGUUACUAGGACCAAAUUCUUCCAGUAGUGGACUAAACUGUGACAAUUCAGAAUCAUAUAAUACCGGGAUUUGUGGUCCCUCAUCAUGUCCUCCUUCGCCAUCUGACCAAUGCCUAUCUGAUGACAUGGAUAAAAAGGAAAAUAAAAACAGAGACAGCAGUGAUCCAUAUAAACUAGAUUUAUCUGUAAAGCCGAGAAAAGAGCGAACAGCAUUUACUAAACACCAAAUACGAGAAUUAGAAAAAGAAUUUGCAGUACAUAAUUAUCUGACGAGACUAAGACGGUAUGAGAUAGCAGUUGCUUUGGAUCUCACAGAAAGACAAGUUAAAGUCUGGUUUCAGAAUAGACGGAUGAAAUGGAAAAGGGUGAAAGGCACAAAACUAGUGAAAGAUAAAGUUGACGGACAAUUGAAACCAAUAAUGGCUCCAAAUAUUACAUCUACAAACGCUAAUUCUGAGAUCGAAGAUUCACAUAGAACGACUUUAUGUGAUUUGUCGGCAUGACCCACGUUUCAUAAGCUUAGAUUUUUAUACAGUGGGCAUGAUGUUAAUUGAUGUAACCUAUGUAUCAUAAUGUGAAAAAGGCAGGCGAAUGUAUGUGUCGUAUAGCAUCAAGUUGAAGCACAGAUAUUGGUUUAAAUACAAAAAUGCGUUGAAUAUGGGUCUACAAAUGUACAAAGAAGGACAACAUCCAAUGAUAUGAAAAGUAUACUGAAAACAUCUUACCUGUUAUUUGUAGAAAGGAAGACGCUGUAUCAAGGUUACAUAUGAAAAAUAUAUAACAUUGCAGAAAAAAAUGAUUUGUUUGAAUUGUGUUGUAAUGUUAAAUCGUGUUAUUAAAAAAAUGUAUUAUUU